GCAGACCUACGACCGGGCAUUCAUUCAGGAGUGGCUGAAUUCUGGGAACCGGAUAUGCCCGCAGACCCGACAGGUUCUACCCAACACCAUCCUCACCCCCAACCACCUCGUCCGAAGCAUGAUAUCUGAAUGGUGUAUCGAGCACGACAUCCCUCUGCCUGCACUUGAGAGCCAAGAUGAAGGCCUGAUCACGAGAAAAGAGCGCAGUGCACUGCAUGAGCUUCUCGAGAAGAUUUCUUCGUCCUCCAUCCAUGGGCAGAAGCAAGCCAUGAAGGAGCUCCGGCUUCUCACCAAAAACAACAGGUCCUUCCGAGCCCUCAUUGGGGAGCAACCAGACAUAAUACCCCUCUUGCUCUCAGUUCUCUCUGUGUCAGGUUUGAAUGAUGAUCCAGUAGUGCAAGAGGACACUGUGACCACAAUUCUGAAUCUUUCAAUCCAUGAAAGCAAUAAGAGGAUUGUUGGAGAUGACCCCGAAGCCAUCCCCUUCCUCAUUGAUGCAUUGAAGAAUGGAACCAUGGAAACUCGGAGCAAUGCAGCUGCUGCGCUAUUCACAUUAUCAGCACUUGAUUCCAACAAGCUUAAGAUUGGUGAAUUGGGAGCGAUCAGACCCCUUCUGGAGCUCCUGGAGCAAGGCAGCACAACUGCCAAGAAGGAUGCAGCAUCAGCGAUUUUUAACAUCUGCAUGCCCCAUGAGAACAGGGCGAAGGCGGUGAAGGAAGGGGCCGUGGGUGUAGUCUUGAAGGCCAUCAGGGAUCCAUCUCUUGCAGACGGCUCGUUGGCUAUCCUUGCUCUGCUGUCAGGUGACCAAGAUGCACUAGAAGAGAUUGGUAAGAGUGGUGGGGUGCCUUGCUUGCUUGGCAUCAUCAGGGAGAGCACAUGCGAACGGAACAAAGAAAAUGCAGUGGUGGUUCUGUUUGCGGUCUGUAUGUAUGAUCGAACAAAUCGGAGGGAGGUCAGGGAGGACGAGAAAUUGAAUGGGUCGAUCUCUGCUCUGGCUCAGACUGGUACUAGAAGGGCUCGCAGAAAGGCUGAUGGAAUUCUUGAUAUGUUGAAGAGGUUGGGGCACAACACACACUAUUCUUGCUAGAUGAGGAUCUAAUUAGGGAAAUAAGAGGUGUAGACCUUAUGUAAAUAUUGCCUACUGCAACAAUGAAGAGCUGAGUGGCACAUAAAACUACGCUGUUACUAUACUGCUAUCAGAUUUGGGCAUUGGAGGGGGUUACAUCUGCAUUAGGAUUAUGUGAACAGGUGUUGCAGUUGUUGCCUUUCUCAUCAUAGGACUUAAUAUCAUACAGGUUUUUCUUGUUCAAAUGUUUUUGUCCUUGUUCAAUUAAAUUUUGUUCUCCUAUAUCAAUCUCUGUAAAUUUUGUUUAUGAACCAAUCAAGCUGUUUCCCUGGUUUGUUUCUGAUUAAUAGCACUGCCUCAUUUUCAUUGA